CUGAUUCUGAAACCCUUCUGGAUGGAAGAGAUCCAGUUGAGUCCAAUCUCUGCUUCCCCAAUUUCACUUGAGCUUCUCGCCAAAAUCUCUUUUAUCUAUGUAUGAAUUAUUAUGAUUUUAACUCUUUAACUCCUUUUUUAUAUUUCUUGUUCCAUUUUCGUAAUUCCAAAAUCUACUGCAGAUUUUCUGAAAUGUUUUGUUUCUAUUUGGAUUUUUGGUGGCUGGUCUUAGGGAUUUCUUAUUUUCUUAAAUGGGUUCCUUCUGGGAUUUCAAUUUCAGUGUUGCAAAAUGCCAAUUUUGGCACAAUCGGUUGGCAAUUGGCAAGAAAAGUCCCAAGCUCCUGUCUCCGAUGAACCACAAGUGCUCUCCGAUGAACCCCAAGUGCUCCUAAGUGAGGCACCUAUUUGUGCUGAUGAUGGUGAAGCAGUUGAAGAAGGGGGUAUUAAUGAUGAUGCUCAUGGUGUUAAUUUUAAGAUAGCUUCCAAUGGUGAAGGGCAACAGGAAAAGGAGUGUGGGAGAGAAGUUAAACCAAUAUCCAUGCUUCAUACCUUUUAGAGAGUACCACUUUGCAUUAUGUGACUGGUCUUCCAGGUGCAUAGAUCUUUCAAAUUUAGUCAUUUCACUGUCUAACUCUGUUUAUCAUUGAUUCAAUUUGUUAUUAUCAUUGAUUUCUGGUUAUUGACCACAUUCUAUUGUGCACUGGAUGGUGGAGGACUGCCACACAAUUUUUGUGUUUUAAUGAGAAAUCCAAACUCCAAAAUAGGCUAUUUGCUUCCAGAUUUCCACCUUACUUUGCUUCGAUGCAGUUUGAAACAGCUUUGUAAAUAACCUCCUUUGUGAAUAUAUAAGAGAUGUCAGAGACAAAAAGAGUAAUAAUAUUAUAUUUUUGUU